AUGGUUUUCAAGACAGUGGGGAACUUUGCCCUUCCAUCUCAGGAGAAAUCACAAAACGGGGUGAACACUAACUAUGGGGAUUUAUUUGAAGUUGCCACUAUUUAUCUUUCAAAGUAUGAAAUGCGCUUGCUUUUAUACAUCUGCUGGAGCUUAUGGCAAAAUAGAAAUAAAGUAGUUGUUGAAGGUCGUUCUUGUGCACAGGAGGUGAUUUUCAAAAGAGCUAUUUACUUGGCUGAUGAAUAUGGAAAUCUUGUGAAAGGUGAACCUAAAAUAUAUGUUGAGAAACCAACCAAAUGGUCUCCUCCUCCCGUUGGUAAAUAUAAACUGAAUGUUGAUGUUGCUUAUAUUCCCAAAACAUGUGUGGGUGGAAUUGGUGCUGUUGUUAGAAAUGACAAAAGGGAAGUGAUGACGGCUAUGGCCCUUCCUCUUGCCACCGCCACCUCACCUAAAUACGUAGAGAUCAUGGCACUUCAUUUCGGGAUUAAAUUUACUCGAGAUGCUAGCUUUUCUUUUAUUCUAUUGAGUCUGAUUCACAAGGAGUGGUAA